UGGUUUUCAUAAGCGGAAGCGGAGUAGGCACGUGAGCAAGGAAACAUGGCGACAUCUCACAGUGUGAUUCCCUUGUGUUGCCAGGCUGGACGUGCUGUCAGCUUUCUGGCUGCUAGACAGAGACAUGCUGUUCUCUGGCAGGCAAUGAGACAAUUCGCCGCGUCGACUGGAAACAAUGUGCAAUUCCGCCUGGACGAGAGGACCGCUCACAGCAGUCUAGACCUCUUCAAGAAAGACACGGGCGUCAUUUACCGCAUGUUGGGUCUGGACCCCAGCCACGUGCAAGCCAACCCCGAGCGUUUCCGAGACUGGGCGGUGGUGUUCGGCGACGAGCAGAUCUCCGGUGGACGCCAUUACUGGGAGGUGACGGUCAAAAAGUCGCAGGAGUUUCGCGUGGGCGUGGCCGAAGCCCACAUGUCCCGAGACGACUGCGUGGGCACCAGCGCUUCUUCUUGGGUGUUUGGCUUCGCUCAGCGCAAGUGGUUCGCUAUGACCAACAAUAAGAUGCUUCCAGUAACCCUGGUGGGCAAGGCGGACCGUGUGGGCAUCCUGCUGGACUUUGAGGCAGGGCUUCUGGGGUUGGUCGACAUUGAGAAAGGAAAGGUCGUUAACAUCAUUAAAGCUCACUUCAAGACCCCCCUCUGCCCUGCGUUUGGACUUUGGGAUGGGGAGCUGCUCACGCACUCGGGCCUGGAAGAGCCAGAGGGUCUCAAGGGGCAACUAUAGAUCGGAAUCCAUGCAAGAUAGAUGGGUGUAAAACAGUGCCUUAAUGAGCCUAUUUUUGGGGGUCACUUUACUCAAGCUGCAGUGUAUCCCAAGCCUGCUUGCAUCUCACAAUUUGGCCUACAAUUUCUUGUGAGUCCCAAAAAAAAAAAAAAAAAAACCCUCAUAAUUCAAGCCAAUUGUGAAUUGAAAGUAAAGGUAGAACAGUUAUUGCAUGACAUUUAUGUUUUAGUCAGAAUAAUGCUUAAGCAUUAUAUUGACGUUAGCCAUCAACUUUUUGGCUGCCAUUGACGGUGAAUGGAUUGGACGUCUAUUGCCAUUAAGGAGUGUUUUCAAUAUACAUUUGACUAACUACAACAACACUUACUCUGAAUAAAUUACAUACUAUACUUGUGAUAGCAGAAGAAUUUAUUAAGAGCCAACUUCACUUUGGUUUAUUCCUGGUUUAUUCAUAUCACUUCACAUGGAAAAGUUUACAACUUGAACAUUUUCUUAAAGUUUGCAACCUCAGCAGUAUAUACAAGUGACUCAUAUACGACUUCAAAAAUAAACCCUCGGUGAAGUUGGCCACUCAUCAGACACAAAUUUAUAGAAAUGUCAUUCGUUUAAGCUGUUGUCGUUUUUAAUGUAUUAACAAUUCUUUUAUAUGUCAACAUGAGCCCCAACCAGCCCCCCAUUUUGAUAAAAAAUGACUAAAAACGGUGUUAAUCAUUUGUGCUGGUAUGUGCUUUAAAAAGUUUUGUUUGUGCCGUUAUUGUUUUUGAGAUGGUAAUUUGAGUGAUGACGUUGCGCGGCUUGUCCGUAUACAACUCCCGCAGCUGACGGAGCGUCCGAACCAACUCUCAGUGACAGAGGGGUGGCCCAACAACUAGCGCAAACGUAGCACAAACAAGUAGCACUCCUUCGGGUCCAUUUUGCAGUAAAUGGGGGGCUUUGUUGGGACACCCCUCUGUUACUGAGAGAGUUGGUACCCUCCAUCAGCCGCAACGGAGGGGCUGCGAUUGACGUCAUCACUCAAAAUUAAUAUUUAUAAAACGAUAGCAGCACAAAUGAAAAUUUUUACAGCACAAAGAAUAAAUGAAUGGCACCAUUUUGGGUCCAUUUUGCAAUAAAUGGGGGGGGGCUGCGUGAUGUCAUCACCCAAAAUUAAUAUCUUAAAAACGAUAGCAGCACAAAUGAAACUUUUUACAGCACGAACCAGCACAAACAAAGCAUAGACGAUUGACAACAUUUUUUAGCCAUUUUUAAUCAAAUUGGGGGUGGGGGGUUGUGUUGACCUCACAUUGACCUAUAAAAGAAUUGCUAAUAGCAGCACAAACAAAACGUUUUACAGCACUAACGUAGCGUUGACUGUUUUAUAUAAAUGUGCGUCUGAUGGGAACUGACUUCACAGACGUCUUUAAACGCGUCUGAUUCUUUGCGGGUUGAUUUUUAACAGUCUCACUCAGUCGGCUCAGAUAUGCAUUGGUCAGCCGAAUGGCAGUUGCUUAACACAUCUUUUUUGGUGCUACCUACAAGCUCAUGUUAAUACUGUAUAUUGUUUAUUAAAAUAUCAUUUAUACUGACUUUUACUGACUUUU